AUGGCGACUGCUACCGAUCGAAUGGAUGAACUGGUCCGGGAUUAUCUACUCUUCAGAGGAUUUGCAGGCACACUGAAAAGCCUGGAAAGCGAUUUAAAGUCAGACAGAGACAAGUGUUUCAGAGCUAAUAAGAUAGUGGAGCAGUUAUAUCAGUUUAUUUCUGCGUAUGAUUUAGAAGCGUUAAGACAGUAUUGGAAACACUUGAAUCGAAGAAUACUUACAAGGUUAGAGUAUGUACAUAAUACAAUAAUAAGAAAAUUAGAAGUCAGUUUAAUGAGGUUAUAUGUGGUACAUGCCAUUCAGAAUGGAAAACAUGACAAAGUUAAUGAAUUUUUUGAGAAAUUGGCCCCAGAGCUACAGGGACAGUCUGAAUGGAAGGAAUGGUUUGUUCUUCCAUUUCUCCGUAAUGCUGAACAGAAUCCUCUAUUUGAGAUGUAUUUUACAAAAAUGUGGCAAGAUACUUUAAUUAUAUCACUACAGAAUUUCUUCAGUAUAUUAUUCCAGUCCAUGCAUAUCCUUUGGAAUAACUGA